AUGGCCACAGCCUUGGUGGGCCUCCUCCUUCUCGCGGGGGUCCUGCUCCCCCACUGGGGCGAGUUCCUACAGUAUAAACAGCGGUUUAAGUGCGUCAGCAACUGUUGCCUCCUGAGCUUGGACUCCAGGGGUUCCUUCUGUGCCCCCAAGACAAGAAAAACCAUGCCAUGCCUGCCCCAGACCAAGGGAGCCAUCAACAUCCUGUGUCCCUGCCGAGGGGGUUUGACUUGCGUAUCCAAGGACGUGAACUGUGCCCGCCGGUGCUACCUCAUGUAG